AUGGAAUGCACGCCGACUAAACAAUUUCAUCCAGAACUCUUGAUGCACGCACAAUGUGAAGUGGAAUGGACAUUGGAAGAAGUCGAUCCAACCGAAGGCCAUUACCCUGAUGAUCGAAAAUUACAACAGUACUCCAACCUAUUCUUCCUUCUCCAGUCUGAACCCCGUCAUAUUGCUGCACUAUGUCGACUUGGACUUGUCAGCUUAUCAGAGAUCGACACUCUCUUGCAGACGGUCAUGUUCAUGCUGUAUGGAAACCAAUAUGAGAGUCGCGAAGAACAUCUCCUUUUAACGAUCUCCCAAUCAGUCUUGUCCGCACAGUUUGAGACAGCAACCGAGUUUGGGUCGCUACUGCGUGCUAACACUCCUGUCUCCCGAAUGAUGACUACUUACACCCGACGAGGUCCUGGGCAAAGUCAUCUCAAGGGGGUGCUGGCAGAACGCAUCAACAGCUUGAUAGAACACAAAGACUUGAACCUUGAAAUUAAUCCUGUAAAGGUGUAUGAGCAAAUGAUAAACCAAAUAGAAGAAGAAACAGUACACUACCGCCCAACCUACCUCGCAGAGUACCCCCAGAGAAAGUAUGGAAAGUGUGCCGUAUGGUAUUCGAUGGAUCUGCAAGCAGAUCCGCAGUUUGACCCGGGUCGGUUUGCUUUCAUCUUCCUUUCAUUUGACGCUAAUCCUCUGAUUGCGAAGAUACUGCAGAACCUUGCAAAUAAGCCCUCGUAUGCGAAGGAGAUCUACAUGAUCACACUGAACCCCUUUGUAGAAAAUAAUAAAGCACGGAUCAACCAAUUCCUCAGCAGUCUUUGCGAGGUCGGAGAUUUCUAUGACACUCUUGAAAUGGACCAAUACAUGGCUCUAUCCAAGAAAGACCUCAUGAUCCACAUCACCAUGAACGAGCUGUACAACACUCACUCUUUGAUUUUACAGCAUGUGGAAACUCUCGUUCCGCGAAAGGAGAACCGUGCCAUAGAGUUGAACCUGUACAGCCGCUGGGAAACGCCUGUACAGGAUAUCCAAAGUGCUCUGAUGGACUCAGUUUCAACAAGCGACAUGCUGUACAUGGAAACCAAGUCUAUUCUUGUACAGCUCAUACUACGUUCCAUACCCCACGCUGCUGAGAAGUGGCUGUACAAUUUGGCUGUGAUCGCUGAAUGGGCGGCUACGACGAAGGAUGCAACACUUGUGCGCAAAGGCAUUGAGGUCAAGGAGAUGCUUCGUGAAUUGGAUUGUCUGCUCUUUGUAUCGCUCUUGCUCGCCAUGAUGGCGAUAUUGACAUUCAGCUCAAGUAUGAUACGCUGGCUACACACUGAUCGGCAAUGGACUCAAGAAUCACAUACUGGCAAAGCGGCAUCAGCGCGUGUGCAGAAUCAACCGCUAGCUGUCAUUGGUGGUGGUGGUUCUGCGGCAGAAGAAGCGACCUAUCUGACAAAAUAUGGUUCUCACGUGUAUGUCCUUGGCCGCCGUAGCGAACUCCGCGUUUCUAAAACUAUGGUCAAGCGCCUCAUGAAUUACCCCAAGAUUACGAUCCUUCGGAACACCGUCGCAACCGGAUGCCAAGGCGACGGCAACAACCUCCGCAUCAAAAACGUAAGGACGGGAAGAACAUGA